AUGGGAGUUUACGCCACUUUGCGCACCGGUAGGCGACAGGAACUGCUUGUGCGGCUCAGACACCACUCUACCACACGUUUAGUGCACAAAAUGCCCGUAAGAGUGGAUUCGAGCACUUUUGGUGGACUAACGCAUCCCUGCUUUGACUGCGAUGUCUUAAACGAGUUGAAAGACAUUUCUGAUGACUUGACUGCAGACAUGACUGACAUAUGUCAGUCUCCAUGCGAAGACAUCUGGAAGAAGUUCGACGACUGUCUGCUGACACCCCCGCAGUCGCCGCCCAUACGACUGGAUUUGGUGUCCGAUAUGCUGGACUUCAACUCAUUGGACAGUCUGGCGAUGACUGAUGGCUCGUAUCUGCAUAACGCGGAUGUGUUGCACGACUGCAUGUGGUCGGGACAGUGCGUCGAAGACAACACCACUGCCUGUAUGAACCACUCGUCGUGUGGAUCCAGUGCUGUCCGCAUCUGUGGCCGCACUCACAGCCGACCCGACACUCCCUUCACAGCUCUGUCGACGUCCCCCUUCGCGAUGAACCACACAUUCAACGAUCUGUUGUCGACGAUGAGUGACACGUCUUCUAACGAUGAUAUGGACGACAGCCAGUCGUCAAUGGAUGAAGACUUCAACAGUUGCACCGAUUCUUCGUCUUCUCAGUCCAGUUCCAGUAGUACUUCAUUUGCAAAAGUGAUAUGA